AUGGAUUAUCAUGAUAACUCUCUUGGGAACUUAGAAAAACGAAAACAAGCCAACCUUAUCGUGCAGGACAAAAUUGACGACAUCAUCAAGCCAUCAACAAAGUUUAAUGUUGCCAAAAAUGACACUGUAUAUCUUGUCGAGUGUUUUGAUGUGGUUGAACUUGAUAAGCUUAACUUGAAACGCUUUGUUGAGCAACAUGUUGCUAAUGUGAUUGAACUUGUCAUUGCAACGUUGAAAGUGUCUUCGUUAGAAGCCAAUGAUGAUCUAUCAAAUCAAGAGGUGGUACUUAGCUGUGUACCUAUUCUCAGUAAACUCACCUUUCCACCCACUAAUUCUCACUUCCCCAAGUCAACAACUGCUUCUCUUCUCUUCAUCAUGCCUUCUUCUACAUGUAGUGCAACCACCACCAUCACCAUCACCACCUCCAACAACAACAACAACACUUUGUGCUUGAAUAGUAGUGAGAAGUGCAAAAUGUCAAAGAAAGAAGGCUCAUCAAGCACCACUUCCCCUCUCAUGAAGAAUUCCUCCUCUCAGAGGAAGUGUGCUUUUGCUAGAAAGUGUGCAAGGUUGGUCAAAGAGCAAAGGGCUCGUUUCUACAUCAUGAGACGCUGUGUCAUUAUGCUCAUAUGCUGGCAUGAUACAAAAGUGAAUGGGUGUACUAGAGAUAUAUACAUGUUUGGAACGAACAAAGGGCCAAGCAGCAAAGAUGUCGUUUCCUCGGUCAAAGUAAUGUUAUUAUUUUAUGACUUCGGGAAUGGCAGGCUGGCACAGACGCUGACAAUGGCAUCACAAGCCAUAGAGCAACACAUGGACUCUCAGUCCCUCGGACACGACAUUUCAAAAUUUCGAAAAUUUCAGUGUGAUAUCUUGAUACUAGAAACUGAGAUUCUCAAGAAAAAAGAAAUCAAACAAGUCAAAGGCAAUAACAACCCGUGGGUGGGCCCAGUUGAAAAGUGGUUGGGCUGGGCCCAAGGACAUGGUCAACGGUCACAUCAACAAAAGGUUGCCACGUGUUGGUUUGGAAUUGGAGCUUGGGGAAAAGAGGAAGAUAGAAAAAUUGGUAUGAAGGCGGUGUUGAAGAUGGAAAGAGUGUGUGAUGUGAGUGCGAAGCAGAGACACUCAGACACCGCGCACGCACACUGA